CAACGAUUUGGACAACGAGGGAUCUACGAACCAAAGAUCAACGAAACGUGGGAUCUUCGAGCUCUUUUGUCGUAACCAUUCGUGUGAGAUCAGCGGCACGCAUAUACCUUGACUACACGUCGAGGACAAUUCCAGCGAGAGUGGUACGCAAAGUGCAUAGUGACGAGCUGAAGUGAAGAAGGGAAUUACGGCCCGUGUGCAAUUCGGACGGUCAUCCGCUUAUAUCCACAAAUUUACUUCCCUCACUGCCCCGCUCCGUACUCUCUUCUUAUCUUACAACUCUCUUGGCCCUUAGCUUCAUUCUCCUAGAUGCUGGCAUCUACAUUCGGUACCUACCUGGAAUUUUUUUGGCGGUCCGUGCAAGGACUCAGGCUUUAUGUAUGACUCCCAGCAGGAAUGCUUUACUAUUCUUGAAACGCUUUCUCACCUGCUCGAACUCGUCAUUUCUUCCACCUCUGAGAAUUUUUAUUUCGGUUCUAUGACUACUCGCUUUGGACGGGUAUAUACUGCGACCACCGACAAGGGGGUGGUGAACAAGUCCCGGAUAAUCGGUCUGCAAGCGCUCGACUCUCAACCGUUCAUCGACAUCGAUGACGCGCAUAACGGUUCCCAGGAUGAAGUGUUCAGGUUUCCUUUGAAUAACGCUGAGACGCCACCUUGCACGUUCUACCACCAAAGAAUUCAUCUCCAACAUUUCCUCCGAGUCACUGAGAAGAAAAAAAUUCAGGCAACGAAUCGGAACGAGUUCGACAUGAUCGAGGAAAACACCAGCGGCGCUGGUCUCCAAGUUGCACAGAAGAAAAAAAAGGGAAUUUACGGUCCAAGAUGGCGCGAGAAGGAGAAACUUGGACUACCGGGGAUGCAAGCGCGUCGUGUCAUAUCCUCGCAAGCAGACCUGAUGUCUCGCCCAGGUCAUAGGGUGCUCUCUCAAAAUGCACACCUGGGCAUGUGCUUCAAAUCUACUCUGCAACACCUUGAACUGAUCCUUCACCUCAAGCCACACUCUUCGGUGAAUCUCGUUCUAUCCUUGUAGGCUGAACUUGUCCAGAAAUAAACCAGGAUCUUCAACACCCUCAAUCGUCUGGUUCACAAGAACGUAAUGCGUGCUUAUCGAGCGGCGUGUCAUCUAAUAGGAU